UAUUACAUCAGCUGCAAGUGAUCCUAGCUGCCGGUAGCUACUCUGCCACAAGAGACGGAGUCUCCGGACCUGAGAAUCCAUCCAUGGGGAAGCAAAAUGCAUCAGCACUGCACAGCGCUGCAGCCUGCCCCGUGGCGCACCUGUGCCCUGAUGACAUCACAGGCAGGAUGCAGGGGCUGGCUGCAUCUGAAUUGUGACAUCAGCAAAACCUGGGCCAUCCUCAAAGAAAGGGCAUCUGGAUAGGAAAACCAUGAAACAGCAGCCACAGGGAAAAGUAAGAAGGUGGCAAUCAUCAGUCCCCAGGUAGGACACGAGGUGACAGAUGGGGGACACUCUCAGCAGCUGGUGAGUGAGGUUCAGGCCAGGUCUUGGUACCUGAGUAUCUGUGGGUCUUUCCUUCUUGGCAUAGGACAGCAACUAUCGGACUCUCGCUGACAUGCCGAAGGUCUCACGUGAGUUCAAGUUUCUGACCUCCCCUCCUGAGUACCAAGGAAAUGGCCCCUUCCCCAUGUCACCCUGUCCUUCCUUCUGCCCUUUCUCUGCCUUAUCCCUAACUGAGGCUGAGACCAGGAGAUAGGAUUCUCAUGUCCAACCCCAUGGAAACUGGCUGAUGAUACAGCCCUGGUACCCCAUGGUCAGGCAGCCGCUUCUGAGAGAAAAAUGCUGUGAAAAGGAGCAGGCCCAUGGCGUAAAGACCAUGUCCCUGGUGUGCAAGACCAUGUCCCUGGUGCAAAGGGACAUGCCCUGCUCCCCGCCCCUGCUAUGCCUGGAUUUUUCUCUGUCUUCUCAGGAUCAGGGCAGGACCAAGUCCCCUUGCAGCUCCCUUCCCAGUCCUCCAGAGCUUCCCAAAUGCAGUUCCUGAUGAGCAACAGCAGUCAAUGCAUGUUGGAAGAACAAGUCCUCUGUCCCAUUUGCCUGGAGGUGUUCCGAAACCCCGUCACCACCGCCUGUGGCCAUAACUUCUGCAUGACUUGCCUCCAGAGUUUCUGGGACCACCAGGCUGCCAUCGGGGAGACAUACUAUUGUCCCCAGUGCAGAGAGACCUUUCCCACUAGGCCCCGCCUCUGCAAGAAUGUCAUCCUUGGGGAGAUGGUGGCUUGCUUCACCCAGGCCAAGGGCCAGACCUCAGGGCCCUUGUGGAACCUGGCUGGCCCCACAGACGUGCCCUGUGACUUCUGCUCCCCACAAAAGCUGAGGUCAGUCAAGUCAUGCUUGCAAUGCAUGGCUUCCUUAUGCGAGAAACACCUGCGCAGCCACUUUGAGGACCAGUUGUUCCAGGACCACCAGCUGCUGGAGCCCGUGUGGGACCUCAAGAACCGCUUGUGCCGUAAACACCGCAAGCUGCCGCAGCUAUACUGCCGCACAGAGGGCAGCUGCGUGUGUGGAACCUGCCUGCUGGAGGAGCACAAGAACCAUGACACCACCCCGCUGGAGGAUGAACGGGCCCGCAAGGAGGUGGAAGUUCGGAAGAUUCAGGCCAAUGUGGAAAACCAGAUGCUCAUCAUCGCCUCUGACAGCCAGAAGCACCAGGGACGAGUAAGCUUUCUCUCGAAACUGAUUCAGACAGUGCGAGAUGAGGUGAACAACUGCUUCUCAGAGAUCCUUCAUGAGAUUAAACAGCUGCAGAUAAAGGUCUUGGAUUUUGUGGAGAAAGAGGAAGCGACUGCCCUGAGAAAGCUGGGCAACUCUAUCCAGCAAAGCCACAGCCGGCUCCUCAAGUUGGAGGGGGACAGCGUCUGGCUCCAGAGCCUGCUCACCAACAGGAGCGAUGAGCAGUUCCUACAGGACUUCCCCAGACUCAAGCACAUCCCGGCCUGCAUGGAACCCUUGAUGGGCGCCAACUGUGAGGAGACACAGAGCUUCCUUCAGCUGCCAGAGACCCUGGCCCAGCUCCGCAUCCGGCUGAUGGACAUAGGUCGUAGCUUCAUCAACCAGCUGCUCUUGAAGGGCAUCAAGAUAAACUGCUAUGAGGUGCUGCCCGGAGCUGUGGACAGGAAAACACUACUCCAGCGUUACUGCAACCUGAACUUCGACCCCGCCACGGCCAACGAGGAGCUGUUCUUGUUCAAGGAAACGCACUCAGUGUUGAACUUGGGCAUCCUGCUGGAGCCCUCGAGCACCAACACCCCUUUAGUGGGCUUCAAGCAGUGGCCCCAGGUGCUGUGCUGCCCGGGCCUGUCCGAGGGCUGUCACUACUGGGAGGCCGAGGUGUCCAACUCGUGGAUGUGCCUGGGUGUCACCUACCGCCACAGCCCUCCGCUGCUGGGCAGUCGCUCACGUCGCAACGUCGUCUACCUGCUGGGCCGCAACCCCUACUCGUGGUGUCUGGAGUGGGACUCGCUCAGGUUCUCCGUGUGGCACAACAACACGCAGACGGUGCUGCAUGGCUGCUACCACCACACGCUCGGCGUGGAGCUGGACUUCGGCGCCGGCUGCCUGUCCUUCUACGGCCUGGCCGGCGGCGUGAGCCUGCUCUACCGCUUCCUCACCUCCUUCCUGGAGCCCCUGUACCCCGCGGUCAUGGUCAGCAGCGGGGCCUCGCUCACACUCAAGCAGUACCCCGAGGCAUAGGCAGCGCCCGCCCGCCGGCCCAGGCUGGCUGCCAAUAAAGUUAGACUCUACUACGUACUGGCUGAGCAGGAGUGCUGAGAGGGUGGUGGGCCCUGGUGUGCUCCCCUGCGCCCAGGAUAGAAGUGGGUGCCCACCUGCUUCCCAGCCAAGUCUGGACGCCAUCUGUCGCCUGCCUGGAAAGUUGACCUGAACCAGACUGGAGGUGCCCUAGGGAUGGGGAUAGCCUAUGUCCUUCAGAAACCAAAAUCCUGCUUUACGCACUACCCGCUCCCUACUCCGUCGGCAACCCUUGGCCUUGCUUCUCAGGCUCAUACUUGUCGCUCCCCACUGUCUUCAAAGGCUGUGAAGCCUCAGACUAGGCAAGACUUAAGCCAAGCGGCUUCUCUCUCCAGGUGGCCCAUCUGUGAAGUGAGUGACCCUGGA